ACUGAAGAAGCAGGUAUUUUAGGAAAAGAUGUGGUGCAAGAGAUUAGCAAGUUUGUGAAGGAAUUGAAUGAAGAUAGAUAUACGGGAGAUACCUUGCUGCAAACUUUGAUAAGAGUUCUCAUGAAAACUUUUAUUGAGAGAUAUGAAUAUGAUAAAACUUUAAAAAGUCUACCUGAUUCAGACACUCUUACCAAGGUUGGCAACAACUUGUUUAAAAUGCAGAGUACGAUAGAUGCUGCUCUACUUAGACUCAACAAGAUGGAAUCUACGACUAACGAUAAUGAGGUAUAAGCAUCCUUUCCUUGCGAAAUCAGAUGGAAAAAACUGCUUCCAGAAAUGAUGUGAGCUUUCUAGUAGACGAACUCGCUACAAAAGCUUCGACCUCAGAAGUUAUCGAAAUGAACAAGCAAUUAUGCGAAAUCCCCCUAAAAUUCGUAAAAAUAGACUCAAUGCUCGAACUCAAUGCCAAGGUUGAAAACAUCAAGGAAGAUUUAGAGGAAAGGGCAAAAGUUGACUAUGUCAAGAACCAAGUAGAGUCUCUCUCCAAUGAACUCAAAGAGGUCAUCUCUGAUCUUGCCACUCGAGACUCUGUGUCCCAAACUAUUACUAUAAUAGAGUCCAAGAUUAAAUAAAGUUAAAAGAGAUUUGAAGAAUGAGCUUGACCGCCUCUAUGAGUUUAACGAGAGAAUUGAACAAAUUAAAGAAAACAGUAAAAGCUUCAUUCAAAAAGGUCAAUUUGAUGCCAGAACUAAGAUGAUUAAUAACAGACUUAAGAAAAUUGAUGAUUGCUGUAAGUUCCAAGACCUACAGGAUCAUGCUAAUCAGAUUGAGCCACUUGUAACUCAAUGAAGACGGAGUUUGGAGGAAUAUCGAGCUGAUAAUAAGCGCCAGAAGGACAUAAUUGCUCGGUUUGAUGAAGUCCUGCUUGAAAAAGCCUCUAAAUUCUCUGUUGAACAGCUUGAGAUAAAACUUGAGGAUUACUCGCUCAAGACAGAUUUAUCUGAUUUGAUGAACCAGUUGAAUAUUAAAACAAAUGAGAAUAAGAAUUACAUAAAAGAGGUCCAAUAUCUGACAAACAAUAAGCUUGAUAAAUCUCACAGAGAUUUCAAGCAGAGAAUCAAUGAUAUGGAGAAGGCCUUGAGAGUAAGAACACAAGAGUUCUUGGACAAAAACACCAUCAAACCUGAUGAGGUUUAGCAGACUUCUUUCAGCAAAAGCUGAUCAUAGUGAUAUCAUUAACCUUG